GACACCAGUCCAACACCAUCGGUCGAUCCCGGCGGUUCCCUAUUAUCACCUUUGAGCCGAUCACAAAGCUGGGGUAAAGUACGCUCACCAUCGCCUGCAUGUGGUCUCCGUUCGGACCCGCUAGUUACUCUUUCCACGCUGUCCUCGGCUCCGCUCACAGAAGAUGAGAUUUGGAUUCCGGUUGAUCGUACUUCAUUACCUGUACUUGCCGGGGAUGUUUGCGUCAAAGUCAUCGUGCGUCACCAUAUGCUGACGAAAGGACUUGUUCGUGUGAAGCCGAAUUUUGAGGCGACCACAUUACCCAGUCCAAACAGUUACGUUCCUGCGGGUGCUCCUAGCGUUUUGGAUAGCCGCUCUGUCCGAACCCACUCGUCCAAGGACGGCUCGCGUCAAUCAGGCAACCACACGGCGAAUUCCUCUACCUCCUCCUCCCCUCGUACAGUCCCACGCGUGAACACUGCCUCACCCAAAACUUCCAAGGAUUCAUCCAAUGUGGUGGAUGCAUGGGCCCUGCGCGCACGCGUUCAAAACCCGACCAAAAGGCCCGAUCAUUUAGAAGUUCCAAAUGCGCGAACCGUCAACCACAGUGUGUCUGACAACCAUCCUCGUACGUUGGACAAGGCACAACCGACAUCCAAAUCCUCUGUUUCAUUGUCCUCUACGGGUAAUCCGACACAAUCAGCCCCUCCAGUUAAAUUUGCUAUGUUGGCGUUCCUCUACCUGGAGGCUCACUUAUGUGGUUGA